GGGAAGCGUGGGAGGAGGCCGGGGCGAGCUGGCUUCCUCCUAGGCGCGAGCCGGACGGCGGGCCCGCGGGAGGAGCAGGAGCGAGCCAGGCGAGAGCGGGAGGCGGCGGCUCCCGUCGGCCUCCGGCAGGACUGACGGCGGCACGGCCGCAGACGGGAACUUAUUUAUGAAAAGUGCCACGGACUGAAAAAGCAAACAUGAGGGUAGCAGGAGCUGCAAAGUUGGUGGUAGCUGUGGCAGUAUUUUUACUGACAUUUUAUGUUAUUUCUCAAGUAUUUGAAAUAAAAAUGGAUGCAAGCUUAGGAAAUCUGUUUGCAAGAUCAGCAUUGGACUCAGCUUCACGCUCUACAAAGCCUCCCAGAUACAAGUGCGGGAUCUCAAAAGCGUGUCCUGAGAAGCAUUUUGCUUUUAAAAUGGCAAGUGGAGCAGCCAAUGUGGUGGGACCCAAAAUCUGCCUGGAAGACAACGUUUUGAUGAGUGGUGUUAAGAACAAUGUUGGAAGAGGCAUCAAUGUUGCCUUGGUAAAUGGAAAAACAGGAGAAGUAUUAGACACUAAAUAUUUUGACAUGUGGGGAGGAGAAGUGGCACCAUUUGUUGAGUUUCUGAAGAGCAUACAAGAUGGGACAAUAGUGUUAAUGGCAACAUACGACGAUGGAGCAACCAAGCUCACUGAGGAGGCCCGGCGGCUCAUUGCUGAACUGGGGAGUACUUCGAUUACUAAUCUUGGUUUUCGAGAUAACUGGGUGUUCUGUGGUGGGAAGGGCAUUAAGACAAAAAGCCCUUUUGAACAGCACAUAAAGAACAAUAAGGACACAAACAAAUACGAAGGAUGGCCUGAAGUUGUAGAGAUGGAAGGAUGCAUCCCCCAGAAGCAAGACUGAAGGGGAUGUGGAGAGACAGGAGGAAGUGCACUUUGUCUUUUAGGGAGAGCUGUAAAGCAGCAGCUCCGUGUACAUAUUUUAAUGGCAUGCUGCCGCCCAAGUGUGUGCAUGAGCAUUGCAGUCUCUGUUGAUACCAGGAUUAUUUAUUGCUAACGUAAAUAGCUAUCUUUGUAAAUAGUCCUCAUAUUGAGCAAAUCACUGAACCAUUUUUAAGCACAUUUCCCUAAAAGUACAGUGUUUCGACUGAUAUGGUAACGAUAUACUUUAAUUCUAAAAGCAUACUCUACGGAUAACUGAGCAGGUUAUAUAAAACAUUGAUGUAUAAUGCUGGUUGCUGUGAAACUCUGUCAUGGAAUAAUGUCGCUUUUAGGGAGUGGAUUUUGUUCAUAUAUGGGUGUGUCUAUAUAAAUAUCUGGGCUUGUGAUGAUCAGUAUCCUUUAAACUAGAGAGAUUUUUGGCUAGUUGUAUAUGUGGUAUUUACCUUGCAGUCUGAUCCUGAUGUACCUCUUUUCAUAAUCUUUAUUUCCCUUUCCUAAGAAAUCAAGAAAUAAAAUGUUUCACAUGAAAAUUUACAUGAGAUUUGAAAAGCACAAUAAUUUUUAAUAAACACAGUAAAAGUGAGUAUAUCAAUGUAGGUGAUAUUCUUGGCCAUAUCCUUCUAGAUUUGGUGUCAGCAAUGUAAAUUAUGUGAUUUGUCUAGGCUAUUUAGAGUAAGUUUGGGUGUGGGACUCCAUGGAACGGGGGAACCAGGUCAGGUCUCUUCCUCAAGCUCAUCAGGCUGUUCAGGAAGCUGAGUUAGUGUAUUUACAGCAAUACAGGCAUAGAUCUUUAUUUGUUGUCUUCAUUGACCCUGUGGUUUUAGAAGAGGAAUGCUAUUAAUAUAAUUUUGGUCUAUAACCAAGAAAUUCUAUAUUUACUUCUAACUUCAUAAUAGCAAUUAUUGCCUGAACUUGUAGUGUCAUAGUUAGCAAAGUCUUAAUUACUUUUUUAGGGCAUUAAAUACCUGUUGUAUGUGAAGUAUAUUAAAAUUAUAUAUGAAAUAACUUAAACUGGAACAUAAACAAAUGUAAUGAUCAAACUGCCUUUCGUAGGAUAAGGCAACACUUAAAUUUUGAACCUAAAAUUUAGGUGGUUUGUUUAAAAACCGAAAAGCAGUAUUUGUUAUUUUGCUAUAAGUUGAAAGCUCUUCAGAUAUUUCUUGAAUAUUACUGAUUUUGGGGUACUGUUCCUUCCCUCAAACUGAAUGUAACUCAUAAAGAGAUACACCUUCAGUGUUGAAACAAGUUUUGUAAACUUUUUUAGAUUUCUGGUGCUUCUAUAUUAAAUCACAUCUAGCAUGUAUAUUUUGACACUUAAAAUACUUCCCUUUGGUUCUGUAAAACAAUAGCCAUCUUAACGAACAGUUCUAGGAGUUGGAAAAUGAAUAUUGUAAUUUUUUUAACAGUGAAAGUAAAUACUUUUGGUUUUACAUUAUGAAAAUUUUUUUAUUUUAUUUUUUGUAUUUGGCAAAGUAACACAUCCGUGGAAACACCACGUGAAGCAUUUAUUGUACUGGUUUACAUGCAAAAAAUCAAGUCAUUCCAUAUGUAUAGAGUUUAAGUUUCUUGAUGGCAGGAUAGCCCUUUGAAUUUCAAGACUGAAAAGAUGUUUUUUACAGUUGUGUGAGAUGUCAGAGGGAUAGACUUGCUAUGGAACUGCUGUGAUUUUCGUCUGAAUUCUAUUUUGUAUAGCUUGUGCCAAUUUGACUUUGGAAGCAAUAAUUUUACUACAUUUUACUUUCAGAUCUCUUUAAAAUCAGCCUUCUAAGUAAAACACUGCUCAUUUAAUGUUGAGAAUUUUCUUUAGUAAAAUCAGAACUUUAACAUUGACUUUUAGUAGUUUAAAUGGUGUUUGAGGGCUUGUGAGUGUAUAGUUUGUGAUCAUGGGAGCUUUCCCAGAACAGGUGUGUGAGGCAGACCUUAACAUGGCAAAAGGAAGUUGAAAACAAAUGAUUAUCUGGGAAAUAAGAAAAAUAAAGAAAACCUUUAUAUUUUCUUUUUAAUUUGAUUAAAGUUAAAUUUAUUGUGUUUUUCUGUAUUUGUUUUUAAAUAAAUAUUUUAUAAGUUUAUGAUAAAUAAAAACUCAAUUCAUUUAGCCUGUAUUUUAUAUUUCAAAGGUCUAUACAAAUUACAGUUUGAUUCCAAGAUGA